UCACACUCCAAAGACGACAGUUCACUUUACUUCCUUUAGAAAAAAAACACACACACAGUAAAGUAGAAAAAGCAGAGCAACCUUCUUCCAAUCUACGCUAAAUCUACUCUCGUUUCGCUUCUGCGCCUUGUCUGAAAAAAAGGGGAAAAGUUAAAAGACGGCGGAAGAAAGAAUUCCGCUCUCUCAAUUUGGCAAUCGAAUUAAAAAUGGCAAUGAAGAGUGAAUCAGGUACUCCGCCGCCGAGGAUCGGGAAGAUCGGGCCUUACACGGUGUUCACGACGCCUCCCGCCACCCCGAAUGCAGAGCCCAAGCGGGAAUCUCCACCUCCGCUUCACUUCCAAGCUCACUCGCCGCCGCCUGUGAUGGCUCCGCCUGCCCAAUUCUACAAACAAAACCCUUCUUCUUUUACUUUCUUCUCAGACGCUCUAGCCAAGCUUCAAAAUGCGCAUGCGAGUUUGGACGAGCAUGUUGCACACUGGUUUGGCUUGAAUCAGUCAAAAUAUCAGUGGGCAUUGGAUAAUUACUAUGAAAGCAAUGGAAAGAAUCCGAACGAGGCAAAACCACAGGUUAAACCGAGCAAAACGCAGAAUGUGUGAUGCGCUAACAAGCAGCCAAGUUGGACAAAUUUCAUUUCUAAAUUGAAUGAAAUUUGGGGUACUAAAUUACAAAUUGGUCACAGUUUUUGUGGGAAAUUCUGGCAAUGUGUACCAGUACCUACUAUACUACUACUAGUGUCUCUACCUAACUGUUAUUGUUCAUGAUCUAGCAACCUAUGUGUGAUACUACUAUGUUGUGGCUAUUUUGUUAGUCUGCAGAUAAAAUUUGUUUCUGUUAAUUUAUGUUGUAAAACUAAUAAUAGUAGUUGGCAAUUUGUAAUACCAAGUGCCUACUUUUUGUUCAA